GAAAAAUAGGAAAACAACAAGAGCCUGCAGAGGAACAAUGAAGGGGGUGAACAAAGUCAGACCACUGAAUAAAGAAUUGAAAAUGCAAAAGAAUAACAAGACUUAAGAAUCCUCUAUAAAAAUGGACCCUUCCUUUGGAAAGCAUUGUACAGAUUAACACCUUCACCGCAAGAAGAAAGUUAAACCUGUUUGAAUUCGUAAAACCUCGAGUAAAUCAUGCGUUCACUGGCCAAAUGCUUUCGCUUGUCAAAAGCCAAACAGACGCCUGGGUUUGUCGAGCACGCAGUUCUGGCUUCUGAAACAAAUUUUAACAUAAAUGAAGUAGAGGCUCUAUACAUCUUGUUUGAGCAGCUAAGCAGUUCCAUAGUUGACGAUGGUCAAACAAUUCAUAAGGAGGAAUUCUUGCUUGCACUUUUCAAUUGCAGCAGCAAGAAGAAUAUCCUAGCUGAACGGUUGUUUGAGCUGUUUGAUAUUAAGAGAAAUGGGGUGAUUGGAUUCGGUGAAUUCGUUCGGUCAUUGAAUGUUUUUCAUCCUGAUACACCACAGGCAGAUAAAAUAGAAUUUGCAUUCAGAAUGUAUGACCUCAGGCACACUGGCUACAUAGAACGAGAAGAGCUGAAGGAAAUGGUAAUGGCUACUCUGAGUGAAUCAGAACUGUCAAUUUCAGAUGAAGAUAUUGAAGCUAUAGUUAACAAGACACUUGAAGAGGCAGACUUAAAUGGAGAUGGGAAAAUAGAUUUAGAUGAGUGGAAAGAGUUGGUUGCAAAGUAUCCUUCUCUAAUAAAGAACAUGACUCUGCCUUAUCUAAGGGAGAUUACUCUAGCAUUUCCAAGCUUUGUAAUGGAAACUGAAGUUCCAGAUUCGGAGUUGGUCUGUUGAAAUCAAGAACAAACUUAGAGAAGCUAUUUGUAGAAAGAUAGAUUUGAGAUUUGUCGACGUAAAAGUUGGUAUUUUUUCACCCAUGUCCUGCAUUUAUCAGGGCCUUGUCGAACUGCAUUGAAUCAAUUGUAUAAUGUUGUGUUGCAAAGUUAGGACUAUGUAUACUAUAUUUGCUGUGUUGUGCAUUGUGCUAGUUGUGUUUUUUGUUGCUGGCAACAAAUUGUAAACAUGAUCCUUUUUAUAUAUAUCCAUGAAUGAAAUUUGUGAUUUGUCU